CGCUCUCUUCGCGCCUACUUAUCGCUUCGUUGUCAUCUCGCCAUGGUAGCAAUCCCUCGCACUAUUUGUAGUCAUCGUAUAACUUCGUCGUCGUGAUCGUCGCUUUUGUCGUCGUCGUCGUCGUCAUAUCCGUCGAAGGUCCUCAUCGGUCCCCGUGCAGUCGCUAGUGUGAAAGAUUAUUUUUGUUGAUGUUGUUGUUGUUGCUGCUGUUGAUCCGUUGUUGCCUCUGCUGCCGUCGCUGCUGCUGAAACUUCUCAACUCCUCUCAAUGCGGCGGCACAUUGAGCAUCGUUGACUGUGUGGUGUGGAUUCACGCGCGCUGCGCUCUUUCUCUCGCGUGGCAAAAGCGCAAACAAUAACAAUAAUAAUAAACAGCAUAACACACGAGCAAGAGAAGCAACAACAAAAAAAAAAUCAACAGCAUAAGCAACACAUUUCAACACAUAAGUCGCUGCUACUCGCAUGAAAAAGUAUGAAAAUCUUUUUCACUUCAAACUUACACCAACGGCGGCGCUAGCCAACGCAGUUUGUGUGUGAAAUUCGUACGGUGUGUCGACAAUCUCGCGUCAUUCGUCGCCUCGGCGGUGGAAUUUUUGCUUUCUUGGCAGGCAGACGAUAUUUGCCUCAGUGUUGUGUGUUGAUAGACACGCGGAGUUUGGUCCCCACAGAAGGAGAGAAAACAAAAAAAAAAUAAACAGAACAAUCUAGUAUUCGGGUAUAACACCAGUGCCACCCAGUCGUGACAUACCACGCGGAAGAGUGUGUGAUUGCACCUCCGGAACCAGAUCCUUAUAAUUUUCGGGGUAGAUGUCGUGUUUUCAUGAAAAUUGUACUUUGCCGGUUCCCUAGAUACCGAUCGCGCGGCUGGUCACGACUUGCCAUUACCUAGGUUUAAUUAAACCCUUCGUGAAUACACUUCGGUGGGUCAUUACGGACGUUCUUGUGUAGUGUUUGCGGAAGAAACUGGGUUGAAGCGGCAGAAGCAGAAGAGAAAAUAGAAACUAAAUAAAAUACAUUUACGUGUGUGAAACGAGGCUAGCAGGAUAUCCUUGCAGAACACUGGUCAAUUGAGGCUCUCUGUUGUUCAUAAAUUGGAGCUGGUGAAUUCAACUUACAUUCGUUGUGUUGAAGAUGCUGUUGAGCAGGCUGAGAUCGAUAUGUCAACAUCAAGCGCACCAACGUGAGCCAGAAAGGAAGCAUCUAACCAGCUGAAAUUCUUCGCAAUGCAAGUAAAUAGGCGCUUUUUCGGCAUUCAGCAUCACAUCACAAAACCGCUGCUCAAUCAAUCCGAUCAAUAGCAGGAGGAAACUUUUUGUUCAACGAGAACAAUGAAGCUCCGUCAUCGAUCUGGAAGGAAAUGUGCUGUAAGAAGAUACGGAACGAUAAAUUUUUCCUAGAAGAAGAACGGCGGAUGUGGCGUUGGGUAGUGGCUCCGUAACAGAAGUAGUGCGAUAGACAAAAAAAUCAAUAAAGACCGAAAUUGUUUUCGGCCAAAUUCAGUUCAACUCAAGCGAAACACUCACAUACAGUUUUUUCGCUCGUGGUUCGCUGGGAAGACGUUGCCCGCAGGACGCCAAAGAAUAGGGAAGAGUAAGCAAGAAAGAGAUCCCCGGGGGAAGAAGCAUCGAUAUCCUUACGCACGCACGGAGAGAAAAAUCACAGCUACGAGUGUAAUAAUGAAUUUGGCAAAUUUUAAGUCAAUCUAUGGGUGUGGGUAAUGCGCUACUGGUUUUGCAGCUGAAUCUCAGCUUCCACCACCCCUCCUCCAACUGUCGAUUGAUUUUCGUGGGUGGAAAUUCAUCUCGGUGGAGGUGGUGAAAUGUAAGUGUCGAUCCCCCCGCCGUAUCACACCAAACCAGCGCCUACUGCGAGUUUUAUGCUGUGGCAGAGGGGGAGGCCAGCCGUGAGUGUGAGCGUGUCCCACUCGUUGUGGUGAGAGUGCGAGAAAUUUCUGUUAUCGUGAGGAGAUAGGGGCAAGGGAGAAGCGUGACAGUGAGGUACCAACACAAACAAAACUGUGUGCGUUCGGAAACUCGGAGACUGAUAAAAGCAAAGUGCCAAACAAAAGUGUCUCUAUUGCGCACAAGUCGUGGUUGACUUUGUCGUCGUAUAAUUUUUUUUUCUCAUUUCGUGAACUAAGUGGACAGUGACUAUGGUGGUGUGAAAUAGGACCAAAUAACAUUACAUCUUGAUUGGUAUGGGUGUGUAACUUCCGACGAGACGCGAGAGAAUAAAUAAGAGCGCAAGUAAAAACGCGUUUAUUUGACACGCACACUUGGGAGAAGACUGGAAGAAUAAUAAACAACGGGGUUGGAAGAAAAUAAAUAACAACUCAAAUACACAAACACACAGAGAACCACAAGCGCGUGAGAGAGAGAGAGGAAAAUGAGCGUUGUGUGAGAGACGAAAGAUGCAAAGAAUAUCAUUAGCAGAAAAAGUCGUAGCCGUCUCUGAUUAUCGAAAUCACCCCCUCUCGCUAGUCGACCGCUGUUCACACUAAACACUAACCGAGGCAAUAGCUCCCCACAAACUGUCGUCGCUUGUCCUUACCAGUAUUUGGGACCGGUUUUUGUCCUCUUCUUAGCGACAACGACUUCACACAAGAGUGUGCUUUUUUUCUAAUCCGAUGUUAGUGUACCGAUUGGUUGCGACACACCAAUCCGCGACGAUUAUCACACAAAAUAGAGGGAGUGGCCUGACUGCCAGAGCUCCGCGUCCGAGAGUGUGUGUGCGAGUGUGAGCGAGAGGCUAGAGGGGUGCGGCCGACACCAGUCCAACACGAAAGGUGUGAUUACAGACACCAAAAACCAGACACCAAGCGCUUAGUUUGUCGCAGCAGCGGUAACCAGUUCAUACACGGCCGGCGUGAAGUUAGCAUCGUUGUUGUUGUUGUUGUAGUUUUUGUUUCGUUCUUUUUUCUCUCGCUCUUGAGUGAUUCUCGCAGCCUCCCACUAGCCGUGAGCGUAUCCCCCACCCCUCCCUCUCGUGCGUAUUCCAACCUAGUGCUGUGCCGUGCCGUAUGCGUGUAUGUGGGUGUGUGUGUUUCACGGUAAUUCACGCAGAAGCACGUACUUUUCACGAUUUCCGCGCGUGUGAAUGGUGGCUUCAGUGGUUUCAUCCCGAUGGUGCGGCACCAUUAUCCCUACGGUGCUAUAUUACUCGUGCGUGUGUUACUCAACCAUCCGCAGAUUCGGGAUCCGCGCGGCAUUCAAUAAUUUCGCGCAAAUAGGAUAAACCAACAAAACGCCAAAGAAGACGAGCUAGGCGGCCCCCCAAUCGAGGAGUGUGAGUGUUCCGUGUUUUCGUGAUAGACCAGGCCGUGUUGAAUAUAUUUACCACGGGGCCUUUCGCGCGAGGCGUAUUUUGCCAAAACAUGGGCAAAUAAUUAAUUAUUAACUGCUCCAGAUUAAAAUACUACAGCUGGCGUCUAGUGAACACACAGAAGAAGAAAAAAACACGAUACAAUGAGUGAUGGAUGACGCACGCAAAUUACGGUGAAUAAAAAUACGAUCAAAAUUGAUUACAGAAAGCACACUGUGAAUUGUUAUACAUUGGGGCAAAACGAAUAAUAAUCGCGCGAGUGAGUGAAUAUUACGGCGCGUUGAAAAAGUUGGAAAAGUGAUAGCGAAAGUAUAGGAAGUAUCCGUGGUUGAAAACUUCAAAACUGCCGAUUGUCAAUCGACGCUAUUCAGUGUCAGUGAGAACCGAAGAACAUCGACGACACAUGCGGUGCGUUUGCUCGGGGGUGUUGUGAUGAGAUACGACGGUCAGGAAUCACUCCAAUCUGACGAAUUCAGUAGGCCGGCGAAGGGAAUGGCCUAUCAUCCAUUCCUGCAGCUACCGAGACCCACUGACUUCAGCGUGUCGUCGCUGUUGACUGCGGGCUCUCCGCCCCAAGGACAGAACUCACCGAGUGCCGGUGCCGGCAUAGCAGCCGCCGCUGCAACUGCCGCUGCCAACGCACAAUACUUUCCUGCUGCUGCGCUAGCGGCCCUUUCCGGAGCCCCGGGAGGACACCCAUCGCAUCUCUAUCCGGGAGGCCUACUCCCAAAGUUACCCCCGCACCAUCCCCACCCACACCAUCCGCUGGGGACCGCUUACACCACGGCCGAGGACGUUGUGCUGGCCGCCGUUGCUGCCCAUCAGCAUCAUCCUGCGAUGAGACCACUGCGGGCGCUCCAACCCGAAGACGACGGGGUUGUUGAUGACCCCAAGGUGACCCUCGAGGGUAAAGAGCUGUGGGAGAAGUUUCACAAGCUGGGGACGGAGAUGGUGAUCACGAAAAGUGGCAGACAAAUGUUUCCGCAGAUGAAAUUUCGCGUGUCGGGACUAGAUGCAAAAGCCAAGUACAUUCUUCUGCUGGAUAUCGUGGCAGCGGACGACUAUCGGUACAAGUUUCACAACAGCCGAUGGAUGGUGGCUGGUAAGGCGGACCCGGAAAUGCCUAAGCGGAUGUACAUCCACCCGGACUCGCCGUCGACCGGAGAGCAAUGGAUGCAGAAAGUGGUGUCUUUUCACAAGCUGAAACUGACGAACAACAUCAGUGAUAAACAUGGAUUUGUUGGCGAUGCCUCCGUCGUCUGGACGAUCCUCAAUUCGAUGCACAAAUACCAGCCCAGAUUUCACUUAGUCCGAGCGAACGAUAUCCUGAAGCUACCGUACUCUACCUUUCGUACCUACGUUUUUAAAGAGACCGAAUUCAUAGCCGUAACUGCAUAUCAAAAUGAAAAAAUAACGCAAUUGAAAAUAGAUAAUAAUCCCUUUGCGAAAGGAUUUCGUGAUACCGGUGCUGGAAAGCGGGAAAAGAAUGGCUCUUUCCCUCUUUCCAGCUGCUCUGCUUUCCGACAGUCGCUCAUGGGCCAACGAAGCUCGGAUGGCGACAAACUUAGCCCUAGUUCCGUUAGUUCCUCCCGAGGUCCGGCUGGAUUGGAUCACCGAACAAAUAGCAUAUCAACGAUGGACGAUGACGACAAACUGCUGGAUGUCGUCGGACCACCUCAAAGUCCGCUUCUGUCACUCAGCCAACAAAUGCAACAGCACGCAGGGUGGUUUAACUUUGAAGACGUACAGCGGGCGGAGGAGGCAAUGAGACGACGACUUCAGUCGGAUGAGAACGAGCGUGACGGAAGUGAUUCCAACUGCUCGGACAGUGUUUCAGGAAGCACAGGUGCCUUUCGUCCGACCUCGGGCAGUCCCAAGGAAUCAUCGAGCAGCGCUGGAACGUCGUAUCCCUCGCCGAACAUCUCCGUAGGACCACCAAUCCAUCCACCUCCACACUUGUUACCGUACUUGUACCCACCCGGAUUGUACCCCCCGCAUCAUCUCCAACUGCUGCACAAUCAAGCCGCGGCAGCAGCAAUGGGUCCGGGUCUCCUCUUUAACGCUCAGCUUGCCCUGGCGGCACAGCAUCCAGCCUUUUUUGGUCACUACUCGGGCCACUCACCAUCCUCGCCACUGCAGAGUCUGAAAGCACACCGAUUCUCGCCGUACAGCUUACCAGGCUCCGGCCUCGGAUCAGCAUUUGAUGCCGUAACGCCCGGUUCCAACUCCGGUGGUCAUCGGAGUCUCAGCAGUAGUCCUCAUCCACGAGCUGCCUCAAAUUCACCGCCUACCAGGCCAAUAUCAGUAUCACCAACACCCACCCAGAAUCCAAUGUCCCCUGGUUCCACUGAUGCAGGUACUACCACUACCUCUAGUAACUCAGCGGUCCCUCCCCUCCAGCCACCCGCAUCGAUGGUCACAAGUAUGCCUUCCAACUCACCCUCGGAGUUGAAGAGCAUAGAAAAAAUGGUGAACGGGUUAGAAGUGCAACACAACAUCAACGGUAGCGUGGAAAACAGCAAAAUCCAACACCCCGGUAGCCACGACCAGUGACGACUCAUGGACAGUCCGGCGAGCGACGUUCUCAGUAAUACCAACACGAAGCUCGACCAGGGCAUGUGACAGUUGGCAAUAAGUUCCAGCAAGAUAUUCAACGGCAUGUGAAUCUCUUGCACCCAAUUUCCUGAGCCCUGCAUUCGGUGGCUGAGCUUUUCUUCAGAGAGAGAGUGGUCAUUUUGAAUGGAGUAUGCUAGCAGAGAACCUGUUUUAGAAGAAUUACUGUGCAAAUAUUUAGGGACUUGUGGUCGAAAAUGGAAUGGGAAUGGAAGCGAAAACAAAUCCUCAAGUUUUUGUGUAAAGUUAGUUAAAUCAAACUCUAGGAGAACUUUAAAUUUUGCAUUAUUUUAAGCAGUUCAAUUUUAAACCGCAAAGCAUUUUGAUCGGAUUCAAAAGCACAGCAGGUGUGUGUGUGUGUACAAACGAAGAAGCUGGACACUCGGUAAGCGAGGAGCAUCCCAGUGAAACAAACCAGAGAGAGAGAAAUAAAAUUGGGAGGAAACAAUAAUCUAUCGGGAAACCCAUUGAUGGGUUUCGCGCGUUUCACAGGGCAGGAAAAUAGAAACAAAAUACUUACCAAAGAGUCGAUUAACACUAUUGUAAUUUUGCUCGCCACAAAAGAACAGAUGGACUUGAUUUAACAACCAUGAUGGUCGUUUUAGAACGCAAGCUGACCCGGAAAGGGAGGGCGGCGUCGUUAACACAUUGUUUCUGGUGUGAAAUGCGGGAAUGAUCUGCCUCCAUAUAGGGUUGAGACUGCGGGCGUGAGCAAUGGUCACAAUUGAAGCUGGAUUCAUUCAGAACCCAUCCGAAAUCACAAAACAAGUUGUAUCUCGGAAUUGGUUAAAGGUACGGAAAAUGUUUUUAUAUCAAACUGCAUUGUUUUUUUUUCGGAAAAAAUAUUGAAUUUUUCCGUUACAGUCUUGAUGAAAUUUGGUACUUUUCAUCGAAUACUCUCCAUCUAUAAUUAGACUCUCUAUUGGUCAACCUCAGCGACCAUUUUAUUAGACGAUCUCUCCAUGUCUCCAGAAUCCCGAGUCACUUUGGCACACUUAUUCAAUUUCCUUUUGACAAUUGCCCAAUAUUUUCCGGAUAGGAAUAUCUCAAACACGUCUUUCAGCAGUCGUUACUAUUCAACCAGCUUUUAUCUAUAUAAAUUGCAAUGGGAGGCCAAAUGUGUUGGUAAGCGGAAACCCCGAGGAAGGAAUAGUCCGAUUUGAGCCGUCUUUAUUUGGUUGUGUCACGUCUCUUCCCGUAGAUCAAUAUAGCGGGGAGAAAAAUCGGAAAACUAUCGGAAAACUCUGAAGGAAGAUCAGAGAAAUAGGAAAAUUGAAUUCCCAUACGUUUUACAAUUACAUCAGGAUAAGAGUUGUUAAUCUAUUCGGUGUUUACGCUAUCUUAAUUGAUCUUUGUUUGAAAGUGGAGAUGGAUUUUCAGGCGAAAUGACGCACUCCUCUAUCUAUAUAAACAAAAAUGGAAGGCCAAAUGUGUUGGAAGGCAGAAAACACAAGGAAGGAAUAUCCCGAUUUGAGAAAUCGGCUCGCAAACGGAUCGUAGAAAUCGGCUCGCAAACGUUUGUGAGAAAACGUGAAUGUUCGAAGGAAUUCAUAUCAAAAAAUCAAUUUUGCGUUACCAGCGUUAUCUUUUGUCUACGUUAUUUUCCCUUACAUUCUAGUAUGCGCUUCCCUGGAGAAACCUUUUCUCCAACCUCAUAUCUGUUCCUCGAAUUCAAUGUUUCAUCUGCAAUAAUUCAAUAAUAAAUUCCAAUUCAUAAUUCAUACUACUACAUACAUACUACUUUCCUCACGCCUAUUCCAAUAUCCUUCUAAUCCUUCUUAUACACAUAUUAUCCACUAUUAAUAAUUUUUACUUCUAUUAUUCACUCUACAAUCAUCACUUUUUCGUUUAGCAUGUUUGUGCGUUAUGUAACAUUAUGAUCCCGUCUCACUCUAGCUGGAUGACAGUUUCCAGCUGAAUAGGGCUCCCGGGACUCACCAAUUCACCUGUCAGUGUUGCCAUCUGUUGUACGGUGGGUUCCACAAUAUUUCUCCUUCCAUGUAGUCGCGGGACAGCCCAGAUUCUUCUGUAGUAGCCCCUUCGCCAAUAUCCAAUAUCCACCGCUGGUCGCUUUAUUAUUCCGCCGGCCGUUCUGACUUCCGCUUUGCGUACCUGACCGUCCUUUCCUUCGGUAACAUUGAUGAUUCUUCCUCUCAUUCAUACAUUUCGCCUGUUCUCAUCAAUCACUAAGACCAGGUCUCCUACAUCCAAUGACUUAACUGGUUGACACCACUUCGUGGAACUGGAAUUGGAACUUCCUGGCAAAUUUAUUAGCGAAAACGAACUUGAAUUUGCUGGGGGCAUCUCCUCUGGCAGUGACCUUGAAGAACUUCAGGCAUGGAAGCUGUCCAAAAUCCAUCUUCACGUACGUUUCAACGGUUUUGACGUUUGCAUUCGUCCUUCGUCAAACCUCGUUGUACAACUUUUGAGCGCGUCUUUUGGCCACCAGAUUUUGUUUCAGCUUCCUGUUUGAUUGUUUGCAGACUCGUAAAUUACGAUAACUUUCUCGCAUAUGGAUUUUCCGGAUGGUAUUUUGGUUAUAGUUGUGUUUUUGGCAAUGUCGUAGUCCGAGAGUCCCGGGUUUGCCUUAACUAUUCUCAAUGCCUUCAACCUUCAACCUUUCCGAUCGUAAGCUCUACUACGAAGUCCUCUGAUCCUUCCGAACAACAGUUUUACGUUCACGGAAACGUUUCAGCACAUCAUAAACAGUCGAUUUAUUUAGUCGAUUUCACGAUUUUAGUACCUGACCGGAUUUCUAAUGCUGGUGUUCAAAAUUAAAUUUCUUCUCUCGGCUUCCAUCCCGCACAACUUUUUCAAAACAAAAUGGAUCAACGUGAAUAUCGAUCGUCGGAAGAUACAGGUUCUUCAAACAAUUUGCUGUCAAAAGAUUUGAGAAACGCAUACUACGCCUACUGCUAUAAAAUGAACAGUGUUUUCGGAUUCUAACAGAAUCAAAUCAUAGCUUCGUUUCUUGAAUAAAAUUACCUUACCUAUCAGACGACAACCGGGGUAACCCAUGCUGUAUCAAGAAGUCGUCCCCAUUCAAGUCGGUUUUGGGCUGUUUGUCGUCGAGAUCCCAGGUGUCUCAGCAUUCGCAAGUCACUUGCGAUAUAGUCGAGUCAUUUGCGCGCUUUGCUCUUUUUUUUCUUGGUGCCGGAGGGGUUGCUGAAAAGAAGUUCUAUAAUCGGAUUGUCGUCCGGUUAUCGGCUUGCACUCGGCGUAGUAUCGGCAUAUAUAGUCCGCAAUACUUUUCGCUCAAAGUCUCCGAGUGUGUGGAGAUCCUCAACGAGCAACGUUUCAAGCCCAUAGACACCCACCGAUCUAAAUAGUGUUUUGUACAGCUUGGUCAACUUCGUGUGGCGGCAUACCCGAUUCGAUCUCAGGGUCUUCCAGAGUGAAUAGUAGACAUGAUUAACACCUUGAAUGCGUCUACCCGAUCCUCCUGCUGGCGCUUCUUUCGUCGUGGACAUGUCGUUUCAUGCCCGUCUGUGUUUGGUCAAGCACCACCGCUGUCUCGCAUUCCCCAUCAUACCAGGCGUUUCUGCCGAACGGUCCCUCCACUCCUAGUGCAUUCGCCGCGGAUUCUCUUAUUGCUGUGCGAAUUCGGUACCAACUAUCUUCAAGAGAUUCGGUACCAAGAUGUGCCUUACACCUCUACCAUGGAAAAAGCUACGCCGAGUUGUUGCGCGUAAUCUUCCGCAACUUGGGGGUUCCGUAGUUGCUUGAUGUCAAACCGUUGGGAUCGGUUCUGUCGCAUCUGAUAAACAGUCGACAGUUUUGAGAGCAUACAAACCGCUACAACUUGUGGUCCGAGCCGACAUCCGCGCCGUCAAUGAGAACGUGAUCAAUUUGGUUUGCCAUUAGUUGAUCAGGUGAUCUCCAUGUUGCUUUAUGGGUGUACCUGCGGGAAAAUAAGGUACUUCAAACUACCAAUCCUCGAGAACUGCAAAGCUUGUACAUCGUUGGCCGUUGUCGUUCGCUUCGGUAUGCGAUCACCGGUUUAUACAUGUCUUCCGAUCUUAGCCUUCAUAUCCCCGAUGACAAUCUCGAUGUCUCUCCGCGAAGAACUGUCGUUCACAUACUGCAGCUGGCCGUAGAAAGCUUCCUUCUCGA